GUUCCGACCGACGUAUAUCAGGGCCUCGUCCCUCUCUGCCUCUUCCACAAUCUCUAUCCAGCCACUCGAGUGCCACAGCAAUACACUCUUGCAUCCCCGGUCAGAUUCUCAUCUGCAUACCUGCACACUUGCGCAUCCAUAUCUUCGCGCAAGGUCUCCCCUAGCUACAGACCACCCGCCAUCAUGAAGUCAUCAGCUAUCUCUGCCUUGCUGGCGCCCGCUGCUCUCGCCCAUGCCCAGUGGUGGGGUGGUGCCCCUGACUGCGCUCACAGUUGCUUUUCGUCCUUCUGGAGCUCGACGAGUGCUUGGCCCGCUCCGACGAACUACUGCGGCGCCACCCAGGCCGCGUCUGUUUCUAACUGCCUCGCCUCGUCAUGUUCGGCCACGCCCACGGCCGUUUCGUCGUACAGCUCGCUAUCGUCAUCAAUCUGCUCCCAGUGGUCUUCUUGCAGCAGCGCCGGCAGCACUAGCGUAUUCACCGUAAACGCCCCGGCCUUCACGGGUGGUUGGGGACCCGGCCAGUUUGGUCCCGGCGGCCAUGGCGGCCCCGGCGGCCCCCUCAAGAGCGCCUACUCCGACUUCACAAAGACCUGGACCGGUGGUGUCUACACUGUCACCGGCUGCGAAUGGAACGGCUCUCCCUGGGCUGGCGGCCCUGGCGGCUUCGGUCCCGGCGGCGCGGCCGGCUCGCCCUGGGGCGACUGGGGUCACGGCUGGGAUUGGAGCACUGCCACCCAGACCGUUACCCAAGUUGUCACCAUCACUAGCGGCAGCACCACCAGCCUCUCUACCUCGAUCGGCCUCGCCACUGUUGCUCAGGCUGUUAGCGGUAGCGUCACGUCGACCACCAUCCUCUCGGGUGCCCAGGCCGCCGCCACCUCGUCGUCUGCAGCAGCGCCUGGUGCAGCCCAGGAUAGUGCCGCUGGCGUCAAGAUUAUUGGCGCCAUGCUCGGCAUGGUUGUUGCCGUCGCUGGCCUGCUUUGAUAAUCUACCGCCUCUUUUAGGUACUUAAUAUCGGGGCAAGCUUUCUUUUUCUUGGACAAGAGGAACUCAGACUGGGGCAUGAUAUUAUUUCAUAUAUAUUGCAUAUCGCAAGGAGUUUUUCCCACUCGUUACGGGAAGUGUUAUCUUCACUGGAAUACCUCGGGGCACUGUCGCUUUUCUUGGCCUAUACUCUCCUUUAGCACUUCAUUUCAUUCACUCUUUUCUUUGUCACUUUAGGCAACUGCUUGUCUUUUCAGGGGGUGGUUUUACUCACAGGCGCGAAAUUUAGCUGGAUUGGACCGAUAGGCAUUGGUAGUACCCAGGGCUUCGA